AUGGAACUGGGUACACCAAUAUGGUUCGACUCUGGUGGAGAGUAUCCACUACCAGGACGAGUUACAGAGACAUAUGGAGGGGAGGCCAGAGGAGUCCAGGUACAAUGUGUCAUGGAUGGAGAGAUGUACACAGUAUGCAACCCAGGUGAGAAUAUACGGAUGCGUCAUGAUGCAUUGGAGAUUCAACACUUUGAAGACAUGAUUCAACUAAGAGAUCUUCAUGAAGGAUCCAUACUCUUCAAUCUGAAGACACGAUUUGACAAGGGACUAAUCUAUACCUACACAGGAAGCAUUUUGGUGGCAGUCAACCCAUACAAACUAUUUGACAUCUAUGGCAUUGACACAGUCAAGAAGUAUGAGGGGAAAUCCUUGGGAAACCUACCUCCCCACCUGUUUGCCAUUGCAAAUGGUGCCUAUGCACGAAUGCAACAAACUGACAAGAACCAAUGUGUUAUCAUUAGUGGGGAAAGUGGUGCAGGCAAAACAGAGAGUACUAAACUCAUUAUGCAGUAUCUGGCUGCUGUUAAUAAGUCCCCAUCCAACCUCACAACAGAGCGGAUACUUGAGGCAAAUCCAUUAUUGGAAUCAUUUGGUAAUGCCAAGACAGUUAGAAACGACAACUCAAGUCGCUUUGGGAAAUACACAGAAGUCUUCUUCAAAAGGGGUGUCAUCACUGGUGCUAAGACAACAGAUUAUCUUCUUGAGAAGUCUCGGAUAGUACAGCAGGGACCCAAUGAAAGAAACUAUCACAUCUUCUAUGAGCUCUUAGCCGGACUCUCCGCCCCCGAGGCAGCCAAGUACGGCCUGCACACUGCAGAAAGGUACCAUUUCCUGAACCAAGGAGGCAGCUGUAAGAUUGCAGGGAAAGAUGAUGGGGAGGAUUUCUAUCGUCUUGUCUCUGCCAUGGAAGUCUUAAGCUUCAGUCCGUCAGAGCAGGAUGUCAUCUUUGGAAUAUUGGCUUCUAUACUUCAUCUUGGGAACCUCAACAUGCGCAUUGACCAGAUGGAGAGUCCAGUUAUUCAGAAUAGGAAAGAGCUGAGUCUCGCUGCUAAGUUUCUUCAUCUCCGUAUUGAGGAGCUAGAAAGAGCCAUCAUGUUCAGACUCACAGAAACAAGAGGCGACAGAAUCUUAACUCCUCGUACCUUACAACAGGCUAUUGAAGCCAGGGAUGGGAUUGCUAAAUCUCUGUAUUCAUCACUGUUUUCAUGGCUUGUGAGAAGCAUCAACACGAUUGUGGGAAACGCUGGCACUAUGACAUCCAUUGCCAUUUUGGACAUCUUCGGAUUUGAGGUCUUCCAGAGAAACAGCUUUGAACAGAUGUGCAUAAAUUAUGCAAAUGAGCACCUUCAACACUUCUUCAACAAGCACAUUUUCAUGCUCGAGCAGCAAGAGUACAUGAAGGAGAAGAUUCCAUGGACCCUGAUCGGCUACAAUGAUAACCAGCAGUGCCUGGAUCUCAUUGGCAAGAGACCUUUUGGGAUAUUUCACAUCCUGGAUGAUGAAUGCAGCUUCCCAAAUAGCUCAGACAAAUCCUUUAUGGACAAGUGUCACUACCAGCACAUGGCUAAUGCUCACUAUAGCCGGGCUAAGGUGACGACCAUGGAAUAUAACAUCAGACAUUUUGCUGGUAAGGUGUCAUACGACAUGACAGGUUUCUUGGAAAAGAACCGAGAUGUACUGAAACCUGACGUUGUGCACAUGUUCAUCAGUAGCCAAUCUCAGCUGAUAUCUGAGAUGUUUGCAUCUCUGAGACGCCAAGAAGAUCAGAAAGCAAUGAAGAUGAGCGGAAUAAGAGGAGAUAACAGCAUGAGAAAGAUGAGACCAUCCACUGUAGCAACACGCUUCAAUGAAUCUCUACUUGAUCUCAUCUCAACAAUGACAAAAUGUAACCCAUUCUUUGUGCGCUGCAUCAAACCUAACAGUGAAAAGGCAGCAAUGCAGUUUGAUACUGAUCUUGUAUUAGAGCAGCUUCGCUACUCUGGUAUGUUGGAGACCAUUCAUAUUAGGAAGAUGGGAUUCCCUAUAAGGAUGAGCUUCUCAAAGUUUGCUAACAGAUAUCGCUUCUUGAUGGGCCCAAUUUCCUUCCGAUCCAGUCUCAAGGAAAUGUGUCGUACCAUUCUGGUCAAAGCAGAAGGCAGCGCUAGUAAAGACUUUGUCAUGGGAACAUCCAAGGUGUUCAUGAGAGAAUCUCUGGAAGCUGAUCUUGAGCUGCAACGCUCUAGAGUGAUGCGCCAUGCCAUCGUCACCAUCCAGAAAUGGGUUCGUGGCUACCAGACGAGACACCGUUACCUUAGGAAGCGGGAAGCAGCUAUACUUCUCCAAUCACAAGUCAGGAAGAUGGUUGAGAGAGACAGGUUUAUGAAGAUUAAACGGGGGAUGAUCUUGAUUCAGGCAUUGCAACGAGGAAGAAUGCAGAGGAGGGUGUACCAAAAGAUGCUGAUAAGACACAAGAAGAUGAUGGAAGAGAAGUUAAAGAGAGAGGCUCAGGAAAGGGUCAGGAGGAAAGCAGAGGCUGCAAUCAGAGCAGAAGAGGAAGCUAGACGAUCUAAGCUCUCAAACAUCUCACUCCUUGAGAUCCCUGCAGACCUUGCUAUUUGCAUGGACAAACUCGCCGGUUGGAGUAACCCUCAGAGUGAGAGGAACUUAAUGAAGUGUAUCGGUCAGGUCGUCCACCAAGAUGUGAUGUUCAGCUUCCCUCUAGACAUUGAUGAGUAUCCACUCUCUAGAUAUGUCAAUAUCUACUUCAAGACUCCUCAUUAUGGUGCCGCCGUUGAACCAAUCAAUACUGGCUUUCAUAAACUGAAUGAGAUUGAGGACCAAGAGGCAGUUGCCAUCUUUAAACUCAUCUUGCGUUUCACCAUGGACGAGGGACACAGUAAAGACAAGGAGGUCCUACUGGGAAACUACAUUGCACAAAAGGGAAUGAGUAACAAAGUAUUAUGUGAUGAGAUCUACAGCCAGCUUUGUAAUCAAACCUGGGGAAAUAUCGACCAAGGAGUAAAGGAGAGGGCAUGGCUUCUCAUGGCCAACUUAUUGAGUGCAUUCCCUCCAUCGAAGAGACUCUACAAAUACCUCCUCAAGUACGUCACAGACCAUGCCUACAAUGGCUACAAAUCCCACUGCCACCAGAAGCUUCUAAUGUGUGACCCACAAGCUCUAGAGUUCCAGAUUGCCCGUACCUACCCACCAUGUUUAUUAGAGUGGAAGGCUAAUAGACAACGCUGUAGUAUGGCUCUAGUAGCUGAGACUGCGGAUGGUGAGGAGAUUCCAGUCAUGGUGAAUUCAUGGACCACAGGGGAAGACUUUGCUAAGACGUUGCUACAGAAAAAGGGAAUAACCAAAGCAUGUCAUGGCUGGUCCGUCCACAUGAUGGAUGAUAAAACUCGCUCCGAGCUGUCAGGGUUUGAUUACAUCAUGGAUCUUAUCGCCGAGGUAGAGAUCCCACCAGACUUUCCAGUCUGUGAGUCACACUUCUUGGUUUCUUCAGAGGUGGUGCAGGAUAGGUUACCAAAGAGAAAGUUUAGAAUCAUACGGAACAACUUGGCUCAAAUUGAUGCCCUGCUUGAGAUGGAACCUGUCGCUUUGAACUCGAACAUCCCCCCUCCGCCAAACUUCCCUCCACCUCUCCCACCCCAACCUCCUCCAGUAACCACAGCGCAGUCUUCUGCCGGAGAGAACAACUCGACCGGACAGUACGCCAAAGUGAUACGAAAGACGUCAACAACAAACGAUGAAGUACUAUAUGCAUCAAGCAUCUUGUAUGCCAAACCUACAGAGAAACGGUCUAGUAAGCCAUUGUUCCCUGGUCAUAUUCACAUACCGGAACCAGACUAUGAUGAGGAUGUAGCUUACCAAGGGGAUAAUGUGUACGAUGACACUAUAGUAGUACCUGUGAUUCAUCCCACAGUGAACUCUGAACCCAGUGAUGAUGGUAGCACCAACUCAGAUCACACUACUGGUCAUUAUAUAAGGAGUGUUUCUGUUCCUUUAAGUGACUCAAGAAAUCGACUAGAUGACUAUGUAGACAGAUUAUUUAAUCCUGUCCUUAAGAUGAACGAAACCUCUGAUCUAGCCAACCUGCAGAAGUUGAAUAAAUCCCUGAGGGGUGGAGGGCGAUCUCCGGUACCAGCACCGCCCCCUCCUCCUCCUAUACAUCCAUCUAUGACUAUUCCAGGUUACCCUAACAUGGCACCUAACCCUGUAUUGACUCAUGGAAUGAUGCAACCCACCAUGCCAGCCAUGCAGCCAGUUAUGCCCAUGACUAUGCCGGCCGUAAUGCCGGCCACAAUGGCUACUGCAAUGUCGGCUCCUAUGUCAGCAUAUGCUACUCCUGGCAUGCCUUAUCAAGCCCCUGCUCAGAUGAUGAUGCAGCCUGCUAUGUAUGCAGCAGCAGUUCAAGUACAGCAGCAACAGCAGCAACAGCAGCAACAGCAGCAGCAAGAUUCCAUGAUGCAGCAGCAGACAUAUCUAAACCAGCAGACCAUUCUGGCCCAGCAAAUGCAGCUCCAGCAACAGCAGCAGAUGCUUGAAUCGAUGCAAUCCCAGCUCUCAUCCAAAGAUUCAACAAAGGACCCUCUGAAAAGUUCCCUCUCUAAGACAAAAGCUGCUGAUGAUUACUCAUGGAGGAAUCAACCCUCGCAGGAAUCACCGUCUACUAGCCGGCCAAAAAGCCUCCAGUUCUCAGAUAACGUUGUCAAUAUUCCAGCCGAGUCUUCCAAUGAGAUGACCACUACCAAGUUGAAAAUAGAAACUCAAGCACAGAGUUCACCAGGUCCUGCAAGGAGCUCCCACCCUACAGCUGCUUCCCCUGGCUCUGUACCAAUCCCACCUCCUCUUCCUCCACCCCCACCAGCUCCCUCACAAGAGGCCAGCCAGGUUAAGGUCCGCUCCAAAAGUGGCAAAGUUAUUUCCUUGAAUGAUGCCUACCGAGCAAAUACUAUUCGUGUAGGUCGUGUGGUAUGGCCGCCUAGGCGUGGGGAAGAUCCAAAACCUCAAGCUGUCGGAAUCGACUGGGGUGAUUAUACUGAAGAGGAUGACCCAAGCCCACCAAUCAACCAGGAACCAGUGCCAAAACCCACUAGUCAUAUUAAGAAGGCAGUCAAGACUUCAACUGAACAAUCCAGAGUUGCUCCAGAUGCUUCUCUACAAGUUAUGAUCAGUGCACGAGCCCAGAAGAUUCAGCAUCAAUUUGAAGCCAACUAUGGGAAGCCAACCCCUGCCCGUCAAGCGUCUCAAAAAAAAUCUCCAAUCAAGAUUCCUCCACCAGUCAAACCAAAGUACAGCCCCCGCCGUUCGCCUACCAAGAACAGCAUUGAUGAUGUCCACUCUGAAGCUAUGGCUAAGAUAUUCGCCCAGAAAGCUGUACUUGAUCAAAGAAGUCCACCAGAGGAGAAGCCAAAAGCCCUAAGUCCAGCUAAGAGACCAACGUCCCCUUUGUACCAGACCUCAUUCCCCUUUCCACCGCCACCUCCAGUACCUCCCAGCCAAGGACCUCCACCUCCACCUCCUAUUCAGCGCAUCAAAGUCAAGGCUGAGGCCUUCCAAAAAACCAACCAGGUGGUGAGAUCAGAGAGUAAGAGGGUUCCUAAGAAGAUCAUCUCAACGGAGAAGGAAGGGGUGCAUAAUGAAGCUAUGCAUGUCCUGAAAUCUCAUGGUCAUCGAGUUCGGACAAAUACAGAUCACUGGCACGCCUCCCGUCAGUACAAGCUAAGUGAUAAAAUAAUGGAUGAGAUUGUGGUCCCACGUCUAUCUUCAGAUGAUACAGCCAUGAUGGAAUCAAUGCAUACUAAGUCCUAUCCAGCAGUUCCAGAUGUCUUCUAUACCUACAACAGAGUACGAUGGCGUCUCUACAUACGCAAAGAGGUGUUCACCCCAGGAGAGAGGUUAGAUAACCCAAUGGCCCAGCAGCUUAUCUUCUAUCAGAUAGUAACGGAUACAUUCAGUAAGAGUUGCAUCAGGAUGAGCAGAGAGGAGAAACGCUAUGUCAGAGAUAUGCUAGAUCCUGAAGGCAUUAACCCACAAAAUGCCGGGCAGAAGACCAAAUUGAAGAAAGAUGUCAUCGAAAUGGUCCGGAAAUUUCCACUCUACUUCAGCAGGCUCUACCCAGUGACUGGCAGCAGGACGAAUCGUCAAGUAGAGCUUCUAGGAAUCUCAGAGAGUGGAAUCCGUUUGAUCAAAAGAGAAUACGAUCAGUCAAAAGAUCAACUGACAGUACUAGAACACAUCCACUUCUCAGAUAUUUUACAGAUUGAAGUAACAUCCAGUGGUACCAUCCGUUUUACUCUUACUAACGACAAAGUAAUACCCCUAUUUACUCAUAGGGCACAGCAGAUUCGGAGUAUGACUGAAGCCUACAUCAUUGAUCUUGAGAGAGACACUCAGUAUAUGAGAGCCAUACAGGAUUACAUCACAAGAGAAUCUACUCUCCUUAGCUUCAUGAAAGGAGACAUCAUUAAACUGACUACAAGACACUCUGCUACUGAUUCAGAUUGGUUGUUUGGGAUGUUGGAUGGACAUACUGGACUCUUCCCUAGAGAAAGUGUUGUACCUGCUGCAGGACCUGAAUCAAGAAACUUCUUAGUGAAAGGAUUAGCAACAAACUUUGCUGCCAGUAACCAAGAAGAACCAGCAAAACCAGGGCCUUCAAAGCAAUCCUCCCCACCACCUUCCCCAUCUAAGACUCUUGUUAGACAACUCACUCAGGAUGAGAUGACCAGGUUCUCGAUGGUAGAAUUUGCUUCCAAGUACUUCAGGGAUUAUCCAAACAAAUAUGUGAUGCAGAGGAAGACAGAUGGCUCAAUACGCGGCUCUCUUAAGUUCAUGGGUAACCUCAAGAAAUCACUCAAUUUGAGUUCUAAGAAGAAGCCUGUACCAAACCCACAGGAUUGGUCUCUGUUCUUGGAUGCUGUGUCUUACACCAACUCUCCUAUCCAAGCAUCCCUGCUGGAAUUCCCCAUCGUGGCUAUCAAUAAACUGGCUCUGGAAUGCUUCAUAGCACUUAUGCAAUUGAUGGGUGAUUAUCCCGUCAAAGUGAAGACCAAUUCUCUACCACAGGAUACAAUGUAUGAAAGAAUCCUCUUCAUAUUCAAGGCUUGUUUUGAGCAUCGUGAGAUCUGUGAUGAAAUCUACUGCCACAUUAUCAAGCAAACAACAAGAAACAGCAGUGCCAAAAAAUUAAGUUUAGUGCGUGCUUGGAGGUUCUUUGGUCUCCUAACAUCCUACUUCCGCUGCUCACCAACACUGAAGCCUUAUCUGUUUCAAUACCUGACUAUGGUAGCCCAGACUGCAGAGUAUCAGUAUGGUGGAAUGGCUGGGGUAUGUCUGUAUAAUCUACGUAAGACAUUCAGACAUGGUGGUCGACGCUUGCUGCCUGGUACAGUGGAGGUCCAACAACUUAUGGAGGGGCGUAUGGUCAGACGACAGCAGGUUCAUCUUCCUGGUAAUAUGCGAACAAUGGUUAAGGUAUCAGGCAGCACAGUGGUAUGGGAUAUACUGGAAGAGCUAUGCACUGAGAUGGGUAUACAGCAGCCUGAAGCUAUCAAGGAGUUUGGGCUCUUUGGAUUGGUACCCUCAAAGAAACGAGUGGUUCCAUUCCAGCUGUCUGACUAUCUAAUGGAUGUUACAACUCACUUUGAAAGUCAGGACUUUGAGUAUGCUCUCCUCUUCAAGAAAGUAUUAUGGAACCAAGCAAUGACUGUCAGCAAUGAGUUCCAUUCCUCCAUCAUCUUCAAUCAGCUUGUUCCUGAUUAUCAGAGCAGCCGUCUUAUUGUAAUGGAGGGAUCUAAUCUUAGUGACCAGCAAGCAUCAGAGACUGUCAGACUGGCUGCACUGCAGCAUCGGGCCGCAGAUAAGGUCCAAAUACCCACUCUGAAAGACUUGCCGGGUAUUCUUCCCUCUGCAGUGAUAGACUGUAUGAACCCUCAGCAAUGGUUAAAUCUAAUCCAUGAUGAACUACCCAUGCUGGAAUCCAUGAGUCCACAUGAGGCCAGGGUGGAGUCCAUUGAAAUCAUCAAGAAGUGGCAACUCUUUGGCUCUAGCUUCUUUGAUAUCAUAUAUGCAUCAGAUUCACGUGUUGGAGGAGGAUGCUUACUGGCCAUUAACAAGGCUGGAAUUCACCUGUUACAGCCACAGUCACAUGAAUUGUUAGUGACCCAUGGCUUUGAUGAGGUGGUAUCAUCUCGUCAUCUCAAAGGUAAUGAUGGCAGGCAGUUUGUGGAUCUCAAAUGCGGCAACCUCAUGGUGCAAAGAGUCACCAGACUUGAAGCAAACCUGUGCACUGAAAUCAUUCGUGAGAUUGGCCUUCACAUGCAAGCCCAUGCAUUCAGCAAGCACCCAAACCAACCAUCCGAUGACAUUACAGACUACAACAACGUUCAACAUCCUAACCAGCAUGGUGACGACAGCCCACACAACCCUACAAAGCGCUGGGGAGCAGUACCAAUGCCUGAGAUGACUAGUGUGACCCGCUCUCCCAGUGAUCUCUCAGAUUGGAAUCGAAGACAGAAAUCCUCGCCAGCUUCAUCAACUGGUGAAGCAUCUGAAGCCUCAGUCUCGCCAAGAGGACAACAGGAAGCCAUCUCAUCUGCUGAAGGUCUCUUCUUUAAUCCAAACAAAAUGCCAAAGAGAGAUGGACAUAAUCGGACCCCAUCAUGGGACCAGUCAUCAGGAGGGGCUUACAUUCCUCCGGUCCCCCUCCCCCCUCCUCCUCCACCACCCAUUGGUAACAUUCUCCAUAUGGGUCAACCACGCUCUGCAAAGACAAGACAGUCGGCAUACAAGCAAGCCCCUGUUAAAGGAGUUAGUAAUGGUAGUGCUCAUAAUAAUAAUGUGUCUAGUCCCACACCACAUCCUUUCUAUGCUGGUAGAAAGUAAAGGCUAUGGUCUUUGUGUGAUACCAAAAUAUGAGUACAUCUAUUCCAAUUUGAAAUUCAAUUCAGUUUACCUAAAAGUAGACCAUGUUCUAUUGAGAGACUCGACUGUGUUUUUCCAUAGUUCUCAGCGGCACAAACAAUACAAAACAACCAAUGAGCAGGACGCCGGCUGUCAUCUCAAGAGACUCCCAGUCAGGGCCCAAUUUCAUAGAGCUGCUUAAGCACGAAAAACCAGCUAAGCACAACAAAAAUUGCACUUACCAUAAUAAGGUUAUGAGUCAAACUAAAUGAGUUUGAGUGAUUACAAACCUUCAGAAAGAUAGGUUUUUAUUGCGGUGAUGAAUUCUAAGACCCAAUUAUUUAGCACCUUAUAAGGGUUUACAAGGUGCAAGCCAUAUACCAAUUAUCUUAGAACUUUGUUUUUUAAUUAGUCUCAAUUUUGGUAGCUUAUAUUGGUGGUAAGUUUGCUACUCUUGAAAUAGUGUGCCUUCAAAAUUCAAAUUGUGUAUAAAAAAUAGUAUCAUACAAAUUACCUUUGAAUACUAUUUAUUGAAAAUAGUUUAGGUUGUGGUAGAUUUUAUCAGUAAGUUUUCAACUCUUGAUAAAGUGUGCCUUUAUACUUGAAUGAAAUUAAAAGAAAACCAUGAAGUACCAAUAGCAAUAUUGUAGCAUGAAUUUAAUGCUUCCAUAUCUAUACCACUUUGAGUCUUUAGUUAUUAAUAAUAAAGUUUUCCUUUUAAGGGAAGCAGUAGGUAUUUUUUAGUUCUGAACAGAUUGUGUUGUUUUAAAGAUUGUACAAAACUAAUUCACAUAAAGUUAUUCAGAUGCCGAUAUAUUUUAAUGAGAUAAUGACUUAUAUCUGUAUGAAAUCAACAAUUAAUUUAUGAAAUUUGUAGCGAUGACAUUAUACUUUUGAUGAUAGUGUUAUGUGGGUGUGUAUAUUUUUACAAGGAAAAUAGCAUAAUUUUGAUAGAUGUAAACUAUAAUUAGAAUGGACAUAGUCGAGAAUAUUAUUGGGGUAGAAAAAUAGUUUUUACUCUAGUGAGGUUUGCUAGUGAGGUCUGCAGUAACAUUAACAUGAAAUAUCUUUGUACGACUUGUUGUUGUUUUGAAGAAAAAAAUGGUUGUGUACAGAAUGAAAUUUUGAUCAGUGUGCUCUGAUCUGAUCGUCUUCAGGAGAAACUGGAGUUCUGCAGGCUGCAUACAUAAUGUGUGCACACAGGCUUGACAGCUGAAACAGAAAGAAAGAGGAGAAAAGUUUUUUGAAAAGUUAUUUUAGCUCCUCUAACUAACUAAAUAAACAAACAUUUGUAAUAUCCAUUGUAUUGGAUUUGCUUAAUAUAUUUUAAACGAUCGCAUUAAACCAUUUUUUUCUUCAUUUACUUUCAGUCAUGGUUUUAUCAAUAAUGAGGUAAUUCUGAAUGUAGUAAUUCUGUUACUUACAAUUACCCAGUCAGUAAUAGGUGCUUUACUUAAGCAUUUUUCAUAGAUAGUAAACAAAAUAUACAAAGACUUACAAAAAAAACCAGCAAGUUUAUAAAAUUUUAAAGCAGAUGUAGGUGAUUAACUUUCUUAAUAAACUUUUUGCUCAAAUAAACUGCAACAGAACUGUGAAAAUAGAAACAUUGAAAGUUUUAAAAUAAUUUGCUAUUUUUGUUUAAAUGCUUAGAUUUUAGCUCUAGCAGUAAUUGCACAUUCGUGUUGCACAUUAUUUCUGGUAAUGUUCAGAAUUAACUAUUAUGAUUUAUGCCAAAGGUAAAAUUUUCUAGGAUAAUUUCCUUAUUUUUCUGAAUGUCGUUAGAAGAGGUAUUCCUUUGAAUUAAUAGUAUUACAAAAGUUAAAACGGACAAUUGAGAAAAAUGUAGAAGGAACAUUAUAGUUGAUAUGUUGCCUUAUUGUGUCUCAUUCCUUUGGAAUGUUAUCAAUUAAAAGUUAAAUCAUAAAAUGGGUAAUAUCGAAACUACCAUUGUUUACAGAUUUACACAUAACUUAUACAUGGUAUAAAAAUCAUGGUGGAAAACUAAAUAUUUUAGCUUAAAAAGAAGAACAUAUUAUUUAGUUUUUAUCUCACAAGUCCGAACAAUUUUGAAAACAGUAUACACAGUCAUAGAGCUUGUCGCUGUUUGACUCCUGGAGCCAAUUUAAUCUUCACAGGUUUGUUAUUUUAUGUCAAUGUUGCGUCACACAAGUUUAAGAGUGUCAGACUGAUCACUGAUGAUAACUAUUUUCAACAUUCAAAAUGAAAUUGUAAUUAAUUUAUAUUUUAACCUAAAUCUCUACAGGAGGUGCAGUGAGAUUCAACAAGUUAAUCAUUUUUUUGUAAUGCUUAUAAUCUGCCUGCCACUGUCUAUGGUUUAACUUGGACAAUAAUUUUAAUUAAGAAAUAUUUUAUAAAUUUAUAAGCAGUAAUUAAGCUGUUAUAGACAUUGGGAGAUUAUUUAUACGUUAAUUUUACAUUCGCAAACAAAUUAACUGCCAACGAUUGUAAAUGUAGUGUUGAAAUUGUAUAAUUUGAAAAAUCUUUUAUAAAUGAUAUAAUUUUUAA